AUCACGCGUCACUGAAGAAAAGAGGCAACGAUAUGAAGAACCUUUAUGAUUUUUAGCGUCCGCAUCGUUUGUGACAACCACAGUCGUUCGCUAGAAACUGUGAAAUCUGGAGACAAUUGGGGGCAGAGUAUUGUGUUAGUGAGACCGACCGAGCAAUGGAAACCUCUGCAAAGUUAGACAAUCCGAGCGACCAACAUUCGACGGCAAAGUUACAUCCAUACGCCAGUGCCAGUGCAGUUUCGCGUUAUUUUUUCUGGUGGCUGCUUGAUGUACUUCGACUUGGCGUGCGAAGGCAAAUCGUACCGAAUGAUAUUUAUGACACCCUAUCCACUCAUAAGAGCGCACAGAUCGGUGCAUCAUUCGAGGAGCAAUGGCGACGCGAAAUAUCUCACCACCGUGCCUCGGCCCGCCAUGGAUCGAUCAAUGAUGGCGAAAGCAAAACAAAAGACGACACGAACAAUAUGCCACCGGCAUCGCAGCAACGCAAACUGCCGGCGCCAUGGAGGCUUCUGCGGACCAUAAUACGCAUUUACGGGACCGGUGUGCUGGUGUUUGGAUUUGUUUACAGCGCUAUCGAAUCCGCGUGCAGGAUAGGCCAACCGUUUCUUCUUGGUCAGCUGAUUUUAUAUUUUGAUUCACAACGAAAUGUAGCGUCGACAGAUGAGCCAGCCACACUUGGAGCGGCCUAUGGGUAUGCGGUCGGUAUUGUUUUGACGGUGCUGGCCCCGCUAGCCAUAUUUCAUUGUUAUCAACUGUAUCUGCUGCAAGUGGGAAUGAAGAUUCGGAUCGGCUGUUGCGCAAUGAUUUACCGUAAGAUACUUUGCAUGAAUAACGCCGGGGACGGUUUGUCCGGAACGGUCAUCAAUUUGAUGGCAAACGAUGUGAGCCGCUUCGAUUAUGCAGUAAUAUUUUUCCACGACCUCUGGAAAGGCCCAGUUGAGUUGGUGAUCGUCGCUGUAUUAGUUUACCGAGAAAUUGGUCCCGCUGGGCUGAUUGGGAUAGGGUUUUUAUUGCUGUUUAUACCGAUCCAGGCGUGGCUAGGCAAACAAUCGGCUAGAUUCCGAAUGAAAGCGGCUUUAGCGACGGAUGAGCGAGUGCGCUUGACGAACGAAAUAGUUCACGGUAUUCAGGUGAUCAAAAUGUACGUUUGGGAAAAACCUUUCGAGCAAAUGGCACGGAAGCUGCGAACCAAGGAGAUAAAAGCACUGCGCGGCAGUGCGAUUAUAAAGUCCGCACUCUUUGCGCUUCGAAUUGUACCAAAAGUGUCCAUCUUUCUGACACUAGUGGCCUACGUUUACUUUGGCAAUGCUCUAACAGCUCGACGGGUGUACAUGCUGAUUUCGUUCUUCAGCGUAAUCCAUCACUCCAUGGUCGAAUUUUGGCCACUAGCCGUUACGUCCGCUGCAGAAGGAUGGAUCUCGUUAAAACGCAUACAACAGUUUCUUUUUGAAGAUAAUGUACGCGACCAUGGAAAGCAAGCAGAAUCUCAUUGCCCACAUGCAGAUGUUCCACCGUAUGUGGAGUUCAAAAAUGUCCAUACUUCGUGGCCAAAUUCCAAUUUCUCACUUCAGGACGCAUCGUUCAGAGUAGAGGCAACAGCUCAUCGUACGGCAGUAAUUAUUGGUCCUAUUGGUGCUGGUAAAUCGACAUUGCUGAAUCUCGUGAUCGGUGAACAAUCAGCAACUCACGGAACAAUUACAGUGAACGGUACAGUUAGUUACUGCUCCCAAAAACCUUGGCUGUUCGAGGGAACGGUUCAGCAGAAUGUGAUCUUCGUCGACACGUACGAUGAAACACGUUAUCGAACAGUUGUAAAGAUAUGCGCUUUGGAACACGAUAUUCAAACUUGGCCCCAUGGGGACCAAACGAUGGUCGGUGAACGCGGGUACAGUUUAAGUGGUGGACAAAAGGCACGGAUCAACUUGGCGCGUGCCUUGUACCGUAGGGCAGAUAUCUACCUUUUAGAUGAUCCUCUUGCAGCGGUUGAUGCGCAUAUAGCGAACGUUAUAUUCGAGCAGGCGAUAAGGGACUUUCUUCAAGACAAACUGUGCAUGCUAGUAACCCAUCAGCUCAAGUACAUCCAUCAAGUGGAACACAUCAUUGUGCUGGAAGAUGGCAAAAUUACUAGUCAAGGACACUACAGCAAGGAGUUAUCAGAAUGGUGCACAUCACAUCAGCUUUCAAAAGAUCAAAAAGCACCCAUGGACAAAAUGUUGGAGUGUGUAGAAAAAGACGAACCACAAGUGAGGCGUACCGACACCCAGGAGCAGACAUUGCCAGCAGAGCGGAAUGUAAAGGAAGGGCAAGAAGAUGGUACCGUCGUGUUUAAAGUCUACAUAGACUUUUUGAAGUCGGUUAACAGCAUACCUAUCGUAGCGUUUACAGCUUUGCUAAUGAUUGGCUACCAAGCAGCUUCAUCGGGGACGGAUUAUUUCGUGUUUAUAUGGGUGGACUGGGAGGAAACGUUCAGUAACACGGUACAUGCACUGUGGACGACGGACGACCAUGUUUGGUUCUACACUGGAGCGAUUGUUAUCACCAUCAUGUUAACUACCAAUUCAUUUGCUUUCUUCGAAAUGUGUCUUAAGGCUUCCCUUCACUUACAUGCCGCACUUUAUCGAGGAGUAACAGAGACCGCCAUGGCUUUCUUCUAUCAAAAUCCAUCGGGCAGAGUAAUGAAUCGCUUCUCGAAGGAUAUCGGGUUAAUCGAUACGAGCCUACCCACCGUAAUGAUCGAUAGUCUAUACUUUUUCCUUGAGCUUUCUGGUAUUAUAGUGAUAGUGGCGUUGGCUAAUUACUGGCUGCUCAUACCUACUGCAAUCAUGGGAGUUGUAUUUUAUCUAUUGAGGGGCGUUUUCCUACGAGCGGCAAGAAAUGUGAAACGAGUUGAGGCUAUUACCCGCAGUCCAGUAUUUACGCAUACAAAUGCAACGAUCGAUGGCUUGACGACGAUACGCGCGUUCGGAGCAGAACGCUUUCUGGAAGAGACGUUUCACCAGCACCAGGACGUUAACACAUCAGCGGCUUUCCUGUUUGGGGCAACGACUCGUGGCUUCGCUUUCUGGCUUGAUGUCAUUUGUCUGCUUUAUAUAGCGUCCGUGGUAAUGAGCUUUCUGGUUAUCGGAGACGGCAUUAUAAGCGGCAAUGUCGGACUGGCCAUAACGCAAGUUCUCAACCUGAUUGGAAUGUGCAACUGGGGCAUUCGACAAACGGCGGAGCUUGAAAACCAAAUGACAUCCGUGGAACGGGUAUUUGAAUACGCCCAGCUCGGACCUGAACCGGACUUGGCGCCGGGUGUCCAAACAAUUGUACGCAACGAAGCGUGGCCCGAAAACGCCAGCAUAACUUUCCGCGAAGUUUAUCUACGCUACUCACCCACUGCCGAGCCCGUACUGAAGCGACUUAGUUUCACGAUAAAAGCCAAGGAGCAUGUUGGAAUUGUCGGACGAACCGGCGCUGGCAAGUCGUCAAUAAUUCAGGCACUCUUUCGCCUAACACCCUUGCACGCCGGCGAUGGUAGCAUCGAGAUUGACGGAAUCAAUAUCGGAUCGGUGCCGCUGCGGCAGUCUCGUGGCCUCAUCUCGAUAAUUCCCCAGGAUCCGGUCAUAUUCUCUGGCAGUUUGCGAAGCAAUUUGGAUCCGGAAGAGCGGUUGCCAGAUGAAGAGCUGUGGAAAGCGCUCGACCAGGUCGAGUUGAAAACCACUAUCAGUACUUUUGCCGGCGGUUUGAACACGAAAAUGAUGGAAGGAGGCACAAAUUUGAGCGCUGGCCAACGGCAACUGAUUUGUUUGGCGAGGGCAAUCUUGAAAGGCAGUAAAAUAUUAAUUCUCGACGAAGCCACUGCCAAUGUUGAUCCCAGAACCGAUGCACUUCUUCAGAAAACAAUAAGAACGCAGUUCACCGAUUGCACGGUUCUAACUAUUGCGCAUCGUUUGAACACCAUUUUGGAUUAUGAUCGGGUGCUGGUUAUGGAUGCUGGGCAGAUGGUAGAGUUUGACAGCCCACAGAAGUUGCUGCAAAUUGCAGACGGUUUCUUCCGUAGGUUAGUUGAAGAACACGGGGAACAAGAAACAACAAACAGCAACAACAAUACACAACGGUAUGACAUUGACUAAUGGCUGCCUUAAGCGGUAUACUUUCAAUGCGAAAUGGUUUAUCUAACGGGUAAGUAGUGAUUAGCCAUUUGCUGUAAAGACUUACUUGCUGAACAAGCGGAGAACUACACAAAUGAUGAUGAACAUGACUGCCAUUGCUACUAGGACACCAAUCAUUGCGGGAUCGAUGUACUUCUCCGGUUCGAUCGGUUUAUUGAUCGGAGCUACGAAUAUCCAAAAUAAAAGCGAAAGAAAGAACAUGAA